CAUCCUCCUCGAGGUCUACCUGAAAGCAACCUUCAACCUACCUCUCCUCUCGUCCAUCCAGCGAUACCUCACUAUUCUGCAGGACACAAGACUUGGUCGCUACUGGUCGGCGACACGAACGGUGACGAUGGUCUUGGCUUGAUACGCAAUACUCUCUUUACCAGACACACGGCUCAAUACACUACACACUCUUUUGAUAACAAUUACAUUCGUUUCAACUUCAACUGCAUACACGGCCUGAACAGCCAACACAUUUUCUUCACCAUUAUUGACACGACCUACCAAGCGACACAUCCAAGAUGACCUCUCGAACGCGUCAUCCCCUCUCUCUUCCCCCUCCUCCUCAACCUAAACCGCUCGCUACACCUCCGACCUCCCCAGAAAUGUCUCCAGCCGCCUUUGGGACUUUUCCUCGACACUAUCAACCUCAACCUCAACCUGGAAUUGUGCUGCAGCCCAAGAUCUCCCCCUCGAAACGCAUCUUGAGGCGGAAAAAGUCCGGGUUGGGUUCGACGGUCCGGACGAAAAAGUCGUCUAAAGAGCCUUUCCCUUCAACUUUACCCGAAGGGAAAGAGAACCAGGAUGACAAGUCUGGGUUGAGAAGGAAGAGGUCGACGGGGGUGGAAGAACGGGAGAAGGAACGGACGGGUCGGUUUGCCAGUCGGUUGAGGAGCGUGAGGAGCGUCCCAUUAUUGAACUCUCGGACGGACAAGGACAAGGAUAACGAGAAUGUGGGUACCCGGGACCUGUUUGGCGGACGAGCAAACGUGAGGGAUAUGCACAGGCGAGAUUCGGGCAAAGUGAUGGAGAUGACCAUGGGGGAAAGCGAAGUCCUCUCCGAAGAAUCUCAUAUCGGGCGGUACGGCCUCAAAUCGAUGAACCUCGAAGAGUCUCACCCGCUCGCUCGGUACCCGACUUCGCAAGCUUCAGCUUCAUCGACGAACAUGGUCGAAUUCGGGUACCUCCCUUCCUCUGCCGAAUUGGACGGCGGGUUUGGGAGCAUCUCUUCCCGAGGUGGCGGGGCUGACAGGAAAGACCCAGCCGGAUGGCAAUAUUCUUCCAUCUCGACUGGCACCGCUUCGAACUUCGCCUCCCUUUCUUCGUCGUCCAAGGGCCAGGGUAAGGGCUUUUCGCGGGAACGGAGCGAGACGGUGACCACUUUCGGAGGAGCUACAUCUACUUCGGGGUCGGGGUCGCCAAGGUCGAUGACGACGACCAUCCGGAAUGAUCUGAGGGAUGAGACUACGCCCAGGGCGUGGACGGGGAGGAGACGGAGUAGCGAGGCCAGCGAGGCGGGGUACGUCUUUGGAAGGACACCUGGGACGGGGAGUACUGUCAGAGCGGCGGGACUCGGGAUUGAGAGUAACAAGGAGGACGUCUAUCGUCGAAGUCGGGAUUUACAGCGUGUCAUCAGCGGGCACGAUGAGAAAGAAGAAGAAGGACCUCGGCAGACGAUACAAGACGACCGAGGCGAUGAAGAAUCGAUCGAGGAGAUCCGAGAUACGGAAGAGAUGCAGCAGAGGUUCUUGCAACGACAUUCUCAGGACUUUGCGCAUCUCCACAGUCAGGCGUUGGCUAGUAUGUUCCAGCCAUCAGAGCCGAGAAGCCUAGCUUCAGCCGCGUCCAUGUUGACGGAGACCUCCCCGACGCUCCCUUUCGACCCUCGAGAGACCGAAGACGAGCGGCAACGACGGAUUAUCGAAGAAGCUCGUAGAGAAGGACGAGAGAAACGGCGAAGCUGGAUGUUGAGCAAGGCCGGGUUGAUGAACGGGCCGAUGUCGCCGACGACGACAUUUUAUGGACCUGCACCGACCCAUUCCAGAAACGCUUCGUCUAUCAGUAGCAGUAUCCUAUCACCUGGCGCGGGUCUGGCGUCUCCGAGGCUUGGGGAGAUGACCCCGAGGGCACAUCAACGGCAGACCAGCUUGCGGGGCGGGAUCCGACCGUUAUCCUUGGUGAUCAGUCAGGAAAACGCUCGAGCCAGAGAGUCUGCCGGUAGUAUCGUCCUCGGCCCGCCUCUCGUGACCAGUCCCGUCUCGGUCGUCCUCGAGGAAGAGGAAAAGAGUGACGUGGUAGGCGAGAUGACCCGGUCCGAGUCUACGUCGACGUCCUUCUCCAUGAGCGCUGGACACGAGAACGAGCCUUACAUCAGCCAUGCCAAGCACUGGUCAGGCCAUCGUCAGGGAAGCAUUCACUCGAGCGGAUCCGGCUCGCAAGGCUCGUUGUCGCGCGCCGUAUCUAUCAAGAGCCACCGCCGAACCAUGUCCCCGGCUCAGCAGGCCCUGCCACCUCAUCUGCGGAGCUUUUCCGCUUCAUCUGCUACCAUGACCAAUUCGUCGAUGAGUUCGCUCGGUGCAGUCGUUGGCGGCGGCUCCGAAUCCAGCUGUUCGUCUGGGGAACACAUUGGAGGUCCUCGUGUACUCUCUUCGGACGCCUUCAACUUCCGAAUGAGCGUCAACGCCCCUGCACCGAGGGCGGAGAGCAGGAUGACCAAUUCGACCUACGCCAUGGGGUCUUUCCGCACGGAGAGCCGAUUGACCAUGCGUGGUCCCACUCCCGACGGCGAACAGGCCGAAGACCGUGAAAGCAGGAUUCAACGACGACGCGCGAGGGCGUUCUUGGUCGCCGGCUUGAAACUGGAGAGCAAGGCUGCUAGCGCUAGCUCUCAGGUCGUCGCCGAACAGGAUGAGACUGACGAGUGGCCAAUGUCACCUUCGGAAGGCAAGAAAGAUCGUCGAGCCGGGGUCGUUGUGGAGAAUAAGCUCGACCUCGACAACAUGGAGGUCAUGUCGGCGUCGGCGCCAGUGGAAAGGAAGCGAUACUCGGUGAUGAGGAGGGAGAAGCAAGACGACGUUCCUACAUUGCGUCGAGCAGGGACGCCUCUCUUCCCCUUCUAUUCGAAGCCCAGCGAGGCGCAAAGCGAAGAUUCCGUCAGCCCGGACAUCUUGCCGCCCAAGGGCAGUCCAGAGAUCACCAUCAGCGUUGUUGAGGAAUCGGGCGAGAUCCGUCCGAUACCCCUGAGCCACGAGCCCGUCCACUUCCCUCGAGACGAAUCAGAGAACAGUCUCCAGGAUCCGAGUGCUUGGCGAGCCCAGAGUGGCGAGAUGAUUCGUGAGCUAUUCUGGUUGCCAAGCACUCAGGGCGAUGUCACGGAUGUACCGACCACCCCGACUCGACCGAUCUCCCGACCACCAUCACCUGCCGUCAUCCACUCCGACUCGGCGGGAGCGUCGCCCGGGAGAGAACGGAAAACGAGUUGGAGCAAUGCAGCAAGAGGCUGGUUGCGAAGCGAGACCAAGACAGACCCCGAGGCGCAAGUCGAAAAGGGUUUUGGCCCUGGGCGUGGGGGGGACCUAUCAAACACUCUGACGUCGACGCGGGACGAUCGUCCGUCGACUCCUGCUCCGGAGAAGAAGAGCUGGAAGCGUUAUUUGGGCGGCGCAAAAAGCAAGAGGCGAGGCAGCCUGCCCGAGGCGUUCCGGCAAGACUUGUUGACGCCCACGCUGCAAGCACCACCAGCAGCUCACGUUCGUCGAUCGACGGAACCGUCUUCUCCAGCCUAUUGCGCCGCAGGAUCGCCUCCGGCGUUCCCGUCGCUGAACAACCGGCAACUGGACUCGUCGCCCUUGUCGGCGGCCUCCUUUUCCCCACAGACCCCAGAGUGUCUGACCAGGUCCCCAGGUAUGCGGAUCGUCUUGUCCAGCCAAACGCCCCGCGCGCAAGGUAUGGAACAAGGCGACAUCCUCUUGCCCACGCCCGGGAUGUCGCACGGGCAGAUGAGCCGCCAUCAGCAGCAGAGUGAGGGAGCUGGCGGUUCACCAUCGAGGAUGGACAUGACGGGCGAGUUGUAUGGUCUCGGACUCGGGCCGGUCCAGGCUGGUUCCCCAUGGAAGGGCAAAGGCAAAGCGACGUCAAUGGCGGAGGAGGAGACGUGGCAGCGCAACUUUGCCGAACAGGCUGUAGCGUUGGUGCAAAUGUCGAACCAGGCUGCGGCUGGCAGCAGCAAGAAGGCGUUUGGUCUAGGACGUCGGCCCGAUGUCGGGAUCCAUGCCAAGUCGACGGCAGCGCCGUUCGGAGACUACCUGCAACCGCCCCCUAGUGCCACAUUGAGGCCGUCGUCGCCGGCGUACUCCAACUCGUCUGAAAGCGAGACCGAACACGGCCAACUCAAGACUCGGACUCGUCAAGCAGGCUGUGCUGUCGAUGUGGACAAUCUGCCAGCGUACCACGACCGUUCUAUCGUCCUCAAGCAUGAGAGGAGGAUCCUACCGGCAAAGCUCUUUUUCAUGCUCGGCUUCUUGCUCGGUCCAUGGGUCUGGCUGUUCGGAGGAUGGGCACUUUCACCUGCGGGUCAGUAUCUACCGUCGACACAUAUCCCUCUCGGGCUGGGUCAUCGGCGAGACCCACGAUUCAGCCCUCAAAGCCCCCCACAAUAUAAGCAACGAGGAAUUCGUGCUGCCCUGCCCCCGAUGAACCGGGACCGACCGGAAAAAUGGGUCAAGCGCAAUCGACUCGCCGCUGUCGCCAGCUCGGCCGUCUUCAUCCCGGCCAUGUGUGUCGGAUUCGGUUAUCUAGGUAAACUCUUGUAGCUACGACGCCGCUUAAGGGUUCGGACAUAAUA